AUGGUAGUCAAGGAGGACGGCAUCGUCACAGACAGGACCACAUCAAAGCACAAGAUGAACGAUACUAGUUCUGCCGAUAAAUCGACCAUCAUAGCGCAGGAAAUUAAGUUUGCUCGUGCCUUGGCCGGAAACAAUCCUACAUUGCGCCGGAGGGUGUUGAAAAAUCUGAAGACAUGGCUUUCCACGCGCAGCCAAAGCACGUUCGUGUUCAGCGAUGUGGACUUUUUACGCCUUUGGAAAGGUUUGUUCUACUGCAUGUGGAUGUCGGACAAACCGCUGGUGCAGGAAGAGCUGGCCGAAUCGCUCGGUUCGCUUGUUCGCUGCUUUGACCACGAUGUUCCGGUAGCGAUGCAAUUCUUCAAGGCAUUUUUCACUACGAUGGGCAACGAAUGGUUUGGUAUCGAUCGUUGGCGGAUGGAUAAAUUCAUGAUGCUCGUCCGUCGGUUAACGCGUCAAGCAUUGUUUACACUGCACGAAAAUGGCUGGCAAAAGGAACACGUCGAGUUGUUUAAAGAAACCAUCGACACGACCGUACUGAACCGCGAUGUGGUCUCGUACGGUUUGAUGCACCAUUUUAACGACCUGUUCUUGAACGAGCUGGCCAAAGUGACGGAUGGAAAUAUAUCGAAGGAGACGGUAAAACAAAUAAUGGAAGUGUUCGUAAAAGCGUUACUAAGAACGGACGAUGGAACGGUUAGUGGUUCGAUCAGGAAAAACAUCUUCCACGCAUUAAUGCAGCAGUCCGAUCUGGGUCAGGAUUUUGAGGAAAAGUUUGAGAUAUGGAAAAGCAGAAACUUCGUCGGGGGCAACAUCGACCAUGUAGAGUUUGUGACCGAGGAAGACGAAGAUGGUGAGGAGGAAGAGGAAGAGAACGGAGAGGGUCAGGAAAAUGAACAGCGAGAAGAAGCGACCGAAACACAACCAGAAGAAGAAGAAGAGGUUGAAGAACUGGAGGAAACGAACGACGAUGGUGGCGAGGGUACGGAAAAGGUGUUUGAUCCUAGGGCCGGUCGCGUAAACGUCGACAUACCUCAGAUUGAGUUUGACCCGCAGGACUUUAUCGAAAUGUUCGAAACGUACCGCUACAAAUCGUUCGUCAAUUCCAAUGGCAAGAAGCGAGCCAUUCAGCUGGUUAAACAGUUUACCAAGUUUGCCGCCGGUGUGUACCCGAUCGGUGUGAAGCGCAUGCCAAGCAUCAACCCGAAAGAUUUCGCCGUAAACAUCGACGAAAAGGUGGAAGAAUUGGAAACUUUCCGCUCAGAGCUACUUGGUGACCAGCGGAAAAGUGUGACGAACUUUAAAAAGGAGCGAAGGAUGAAGAUAAAAUCAGAGCGUCGACAAAAGGAGGCUUUGAUACAGGCAAAACGUGCAAAAAAAGGUGAAAAUAAUGAGACAGUUGAUGGCAAUGUUGCCAAUGAAUCGAACGCAGAUACCGAUCUACCCAACGCCACGGAAAAAACAACUGGACGUACCAAAAGGAAACGAAUUCGGGAGCGUAAAAUGGCUCCAACCACCCUACGGAAACAAGCGAAAGUUGACCUGUUGGAGCGCAAGAAGGCAGAAAAGCUGAAACUGCUGAAGGAACGUUUGAAAAAGAAAACUAAAUCGGCACAGUUCGCUGAUUCGGACGAUGUCCCCCAACUGGUACCCAUUGUGAAAGAAACCGCAUCGUCGCCGGUUACCGUGAAAGAGAAGAAAGCGAAACCGGUUCCUGCAUCAGCAGGUAACGAAGAUAAAACAUCUAAAAAGAGCAAAGAAAAAGCUGCUACGGUUAACAAAAAGCUCCCGGAUAGUAAUAAACCUACCCCGAACAACAGCACGCCACCGUUCCAGACGAAGGACGAAUGGUCGGAACCGUUGAAAGAAGGUGAGGAAGAAUAUUUCAUUCCUUCGCGAAAGACGAAACUGUCCGCGAAGGUGGAAAAAACAGCGACGCCCGUAACAAACAAAACAAACCUCAAAAGGACAUCAGGGGGGGCAAAUGGGGUAGGUGCGGUGGACAAUGAUGAACCGAUAACGCCGGCCAGAAAGCGGGUUAAGAUUGCGCUGAGCAAAAAUGUCGCCCAGGAUCUGGUGGAACACAUCAAGCAGGUGAAAAGCUCGCCCCAGCUGCCGUUCGAUUCCAGCAAAAAGCCCUCCAAAAGUCUACUGAAGCCUAACCUGAUACCCAGCCCCAUCAAUCCGUUCUACAAGAAAAAGAUUGGUUUGCAGUAA